ACACCAGGGCCACACCUGCCAGGAUCGGGGGCGGCUCCGGCGCGCGGGCGCGCAGGGGACAGAAAGGGAAAGGCGGUGGCGGGGAUGGAGAGGGGGAAGACUAAGAAAGAGAGUCAAAGGUUUUCUUCGAGCACUAGGGAAACAGCAGUAAAGGUAGAGAAGGAAAAAAAGAAGGACGUGGAAGUAAAAAGCAAGGAGAAGGGGAAAGAGAAGGAGAAGGAAGAGGAGAAAAAGAAGUCUGUGGAACUGAAAAACAAGAAGGGGAAAGAGAUAGGGAAAGGAGAAGAGAGAGGGAAGGAGGUAGGUCUGAAAAUCAACCAAGGGAAAGAGAAAGAAGAGAAGAAAAAGAAGAGUGUGGACCUGGAAAUCAAAGAGAAUGGGAAAGACAAGGGGAAGGAGGAAGAGAAAAAGAAGAGUGUGGACCUAAAAACCAAGGAGAAUGGGAAAGACAAGGGGAAGGAGGAAGAGAAAAAGAAGAGUGUGGACCUGAAAACCAAGGAGAACGGGAAAGACAAAGGGAAGGAGGAAGAGAAAAAGAAGAGUGUGGACCUGAAAACCAAGGAGAAUGGGAAAGACAAGGGGAAGGAGGAAGAGAAAAAGAAGAGUGUGGACCUGAAAACCAAGGAGAACGAGAAGGACAAAGGGAAGGAGGAAGAGAAAAAGAAGAGUGUGGACCUAAAAACCAAGGAGAACGGGAAAGACAAAGGGAAGGAGGAAGAGAAAAAGAAGAGUGUGGACCUGAAAACCAAGGAGAACGAGAAGGACAAAGGGAAGGAGGAAGAGAAAAAGAAGAGUGUGGACCUGAAAACCAAAGAGAAUGGGAAAGACAAGGGGAAGGAGGAAGAGAAAAAGAAGAGUGUGGACCUGAAAACCAAGGAGAACGGGAAAGACAAAGAGAAGGAAGAGAAGAAAAGAAAGAGUGCGGACCUGAAAACCAAGGAAACCGGAAAAGAGAAGGAAGAAGAGAAAAGAAAGAGUGCGGACCUGAAAACCAAGGAAACCGGAAAAGAGAAGGUAGAGGAGAAAAGAAAGAGUGCGGACCUGAAAACCAAGGAAACCGGAAAAGAGAAGGUAGAGGAGAAAAGAAAGAGUGCGGACCUGAAAACCAAGGAAACCGGAAAAGAGAAGGAAGAGGAGAAAAGAAAGAGCGCGGACCUGAAAACCAAGGAAACCGGAAAAGAGAAGGAAGAGGAGAAAAGAAAGAGCGCGGACCUGAAAACCAAGGAGAAUGGGAAAGACAAAGGGAAGGAGGAAGAGAAAAGGAAAAAUGACGAGAAAGGCAAGGAGAACGGGACAGGGAUGGAAGCCAAGGAGGAGCAAGGGACGGAGAAAGAGAAGGAACAGGUCACAGAACAGGUCAAGGAGAACACCAGCACCUCCAUUAAAACCCUGUACCCGCCGCCGGUAAGAGACCUGGGACCGGGACUUCCGAGGUCACAGCGGGCAUCCAGACCCGCUGGCUCUGUUACGUCGUCGUGGCCGAAGUACGCAGAGAAUCGGGUCUUUUCCGAGGGCUUCUGUCUAUGGAUGGGGGGAAGUGCCAAGGUAGAAAAUAAGCAGAUCCUAGUACUAGGUCUGGAUGGAGCAGGAAAGACCAGUGUCCUCCACUUGCUGGCUUCCAACAGAGUCCAGCACAGCACAGCUCCUACCCAAGGUUUAAAUGCAGUUCACAUCAACUCUGAAGAUAGGCAAAUGGAGUUCCUGGAGAUUGGUGGCAGUGAGCCAUUCCGCUCCUACUGGGAGAUGUACCUCCCCAAGGGGUGGCUGCUGAUCUUUGUGGUAGAUUCAGCUGAUCACAAACGAUUACCUGAAGCCAAGAAAUACCUUCAUCAGUUAAUUAAUCCAAAUCCAGGGCUCCCUCUCGUUGUGUUUGCCAACAAACAGGAUCUCGAAGCAGCUUAUCACAUUACAGAUAUCCACGAUGCUUUGGCUCUGUCUGAAGUGGGGAACGACAGAAAGUUGUUCUUGUUUGGAACUCAGGUGACCAAGAAUGGUUCAGAGAUACCCUCCACCAUGCAAGAUGCCAAAGACCUGAUUACACAUCUGGCCACAGAUAUGUAGAAGAGACUAGGACCCGCCGGCCCAUUGCUCGGCUCCCAUCCACCUACCACCAGAGGGGCUGAAAGGCAGGCUCAGCCAAAACUUUCCACUUUCAAUAAAAAAUAAGCCAUGGUUAUUCUCGCAAUGCAGAGCGUCUAUACGGAGAACACUAGCCAAUUCACUAGGAUUUUGUUCUGUUUUGUCUUUAGAGUUUUAACUUUAAAAUUUUUAAAUUAUUUGGAGAGAAAUGCAGAUUUUUGCUUUCGGUGCCAAGAGUAGAACCCUGGACCUCAGACAUGUUAAGCAUGCCAUCUACACCGGGGCUGUACCCACUCACCGGGAUUAAGGGUUUUACUCAAAAGUAAAGAAUGUAUUGGCAAGCCUUCAUCCUA